CCGAAGUCUAUCUCCUCUGCUUCACUCCACAUCACACACAGCGGUAUUAUUUCGGGAAUCCCUGCGAAAUGGCGCUCGCCGGAAGGCUGCUCGUCCUCCUCGCCGUCGCCGGUCUUCUCGCCGCCACCAUGGCCGAGCACGAGGUGGUGGCCAGAGGAUCCGAUGAGCAUGACGACAAUGUGUACAAAGUGAGCAAGGGAGGACAGGGCAGUCUCAAAAGCUACCAGUGCUCGCCGGAGUGUGCGCGGCGGUGCGGGAACACGCAGUACAAGAAGCCGUGCCUCUUCUUCUGCAACAAGUGCUGCCGCUCCUGCCUGUGCGUGCCGUCGGGGUACUACGGCAACAAGGGCGAGUGCCCCUGCUACAACAACUGGAAGACCAAGCGCGGCGGGCCCAAGUGCCCCUGACUGAGGAUCGACCAACCUCCGGAGCUUCCGUUCUUGUUCCGCUCGAGGCUGCUUCGAUCUUCCCAAGGCGUACAACACCGUUAGCACACGCCCUCAAGAAUACCAUGUAUAUAUAUAUAUAUGUAGGUGUGCUACACCACAC